CUUUUUUUGUCCCACGCUCUUGACAAGACGAAAAACAUCUUUAUGUAUUCUUUUAAGCUCUUACCGAACUUAAAACUUACCAUCUUUUUUAUUCGAUUUACUAAUAUCGUACUUGUUUUAUUUUUAUUCCUAUUGAAACAAAUCUAAGUUUGACCGCAGCUUUCUUAAGAAUGAUAGAGAUGGUUCAAAUUGGGUUAAGUGAACCUUCAAUAAUGUCUCUAACGCACAAGCGAUGUCGGACAACAGGAGUGAGUGACUAUCUUGUGAAAAGCCACAACAACAAUGGAUUACGAUUUAAGCUUGACCAAUAUCAAGUGCUCCUCAAACUGAAAUGCUUUUACAGUGUAAAGUACCGAACUUUGCGAUAAAUAGAAAGUUUUCUUUGACAACGAAAAGGCUUCUUAACUCUAUAUUGGAACACAGAUCGUUCCCUUAGCGACAUGAAAAACGUUUACAAUCUCUAGAAAUGAGUGUGCAAAUACCGCGCUAUUUUUACAACUUGACACUCAUCUUAAUAUAUCAUUUUCCUGUCCGCAGAGUCUUGAAGAUCUUUAAAGAUUGGCUGAAAUGCGCUACUACGGUAAUAAGUAAAAAAAAAGCUUGUGAAAAUGUAAUUCAUUUACAAUUUCAAUCCUUCUCUCGUUUACGAUAUAUAUGAUGAAUUCUGAAGUAAAAUGACAAAGAAAUUCGAAGUGAUUCUCUCUGUUUCAACAUAUGUUUUAUAUCAGUCACAGUCACAAUUCACUGCUCAAGGUCAAUCCUACACACGAAAUCCCGACGAAAUCUUAAAUCUUACACUCAGUCAAAUGAGUUCGUUCAGCACUUUGGAGUGUAAAUAUCUGAUUAAAUUUUUUUCUAAGGAUGCAAUGGAAAUUUCAAUUCGGCUAUGAUGGCAGAACGACAUUCUAGCUUUUAAAUUCAUGUUUUGGUAAAAGCUUCUUGAACAAAUCAACAUCGCCGGAUGAGUCCACUUAUUUCUGUCUUUCGUAUUUCAACAACACUUGAAGGAAAUAUUGCAACACAUAAAUUGUUUUAAUGACAAAAAUAACCAUGAAACGUCGAGACUACUCCCGAGUUAUCUUGUGAAUUACUUUCGUGCAAUUGCUGUCCAUGAAACAAAACUCGAGUAAGUCUUCCGAGAGAAUUUAACAGUGUAGCUGUAGCAACAACUGUAACAGUAGUAGCUGUCAUUUGUACUCUCACUUGACCCUUUACUCAAUAAUUCGCUUUGUAUUCAAGAUUGUGUUUUAGCGAUAUUACUUCAUCUUGUCUGUGCAAUGAUGAUAGUCACCAAAAUCAAAACCCGUCUCAUGCAUUAAGGCCGCUGGUAAAAUAUUCCGCGUUCAGUUUCCCGUAAACAAGGUUCGCGAAAUGCUUUUAGUUACGUUGUAAAUUUUAUCAGGAAAUAUCAUAAAUCGUGCGUGGUCAUUAUCUUGUCAGACCUCUUAAAAACUACUCUUAAUCAAUUAGAAUUUUCUCCUCAAAAAUCCGUAUUUGUCCAAGAUUCCUGAAGUUCUAUAUCUUAACACCCAGCGGUAGUGAUGAUAAAAUUAAAUUGCCAAACACUAUAUCUUAAAGAAAUAUUGAGCUUCAGUUGCAGAAAACAGCAGUAACUCAAAAUAUGCCGGAGAUAUUGGUCAGGAUUAAGACGCUUACCUCUUUUAAAACGAUUAAUCAAAUCCACUAAGAUUUCUCGGGUAAUAUAACAGAUAUUUGUCUCUUCGUCAGGUAAAUGCUAUCGAAUGCAUACAUAAAAAGAUUGUUUUGGUACUGCAACACUCAUUCGCUUCAGCGAACACCACACCAAAGUUCAGUUUCCGGAGAUUUUCAUCUACGCACUCUCAAUCGUUGGCUCCCUUUCAAGGUUCAAUAACAUUUGCAGAGGCCGCGGAAACGCUUAACAUUACUCAGGAUGAACAACUCUUCUGAUCACAACUCCAGCGGUCUUCGAAUUCAAGAACCUUUCUUCGGUUUCUCCCCGCUCUUCAUUUACCCAAUCGCUUCUCUGUAUAUUGUCAUCGUGGUAGUAGCCAUCAUUGGCAACCUGAUGGUCUCUUACGCUAUCCUUGCCAACAGAAAUCUCCGUAAUAACCCGACAAACCUCCUUCUCCUGUCUUUGGCAAUCUCGGAUCUUCUCACCGUAACUCUUGCCGUGCCAUUUGACAUUGAAUUACUCUUUCUGAACGGAAGGUGGAAACAUGGCAAAACGAUGUGUAUUACCUUUCUGACGGUUUACCUCAUCACUGUACCGACAUCGAUCUUUACUCUUCUGGCCAUCAGCGUGGAUCGCUAUAAGACCCUUAAGGAUCCACUCGGUCGAUUUCGACGCUCGCAAUUUAUCACUCAACGAAGAUCUUUGAUUGUUAUCGCUGUUGUUUGGUCUUACUGCAUUGUGUGGGCACUCUUUCCGAUCAUGGGAUGGCGAGAUAGAAGUGUCGAGCCAAUUUACAAAGGUACCUGUUCGGUACCUUAUACCAUUGUCUACAACCUUCUCACUUCUAUCAUGAAUUUCAUCUUUCCGCUCCUUCUCACAUGUGUGUUUUACAUCCUCAUUUACCUCAUCGCUCGCAAGCACCACAACGUUAACAAAAGAGGGGGCUUGCCGUCAACCUUUAAGCCCACUAAAGAAGAUAACAAGAUGUACUCAAGGAACAUGAAAGCAGCCAAAACGACAUCCAUGUUUGUAGUUGUCAUGUUUCUCUGCUGGCAGCCUUUCACCUACUUCAGCAUUAUCGCUAACCUAAUCGGUGAUACAUGGGACCCAUAUCCCUAUGAACUCUACUUGGUUCUUCUUAUGUUAGGAUACCUUAACUCAGCGCUCAACCCCUUUCUGUUUGCCUUCCGUAACAAGAGAUUUCAAUCUGUAUAUCGGAAGUUACUUAGGUCGACCACACUGGGUAAAUUUAAUUCGCUGGGUACAAUACGUCGACGUUCCACUUUUUCACAAAGCACCAGCAAUUCCCAGAUUCCAGAGGAGGAGAGCAGAGAAGUACGUCUCCAAUCGAUAAAAUUGAAGAAGUGACGUAUGUUUUUUUAGCAUCCAAACCUGGCAAGAUUCAAAUAUUCCUCUUUCAAAUCUGGUUAAUAUUCUUUGUUUACCAAGCAGAACUAGUAACAUGUUGUAAACUGCAAAUCAGCAAAACGUGACAGUAUUUUGAACAAGUUUUGCGCUCGAACUUUGAUUGAACUGAAAAGUGAACUUUUUACAUUCUAACAUCAGCAUGCAUAUUCUCCAUACUGGGGUCAAUUUGAUAAGGAAAAUAUACUUGAAGUUUUUACACGAGUAAUGUACACGGGUAAAGUCCGACUUGUAAAUAUCAAUAUUUAAUAAAACAAUAUUCCUCACCAGAA